UAUUGGGUUGGGUCUCAUCUUCUUCAGUAAUGUAAACAAGUAAAGCAAAUUCUCUUCACUUCUUCAUCUUCUUCAGUUCAGCAAUCAACCUCUGGCUCGCAAGUUCUCUCUUUCACCUGGGUUCUCUCUCAUAUGGGUUCUCUCUCGUGGGCUCUCAGUCUCUCUCCUAGGUUUUCUUAUUUGGGGAUUUAUCAAUUUCAUAGCCAUGGAUUGAUAACACAGGUACAAGAAAGGAGACCAUAACGAGGUCUGUAUUUUUUUUCUAUGUUGUUUAUUUUGAGGUUCUGAUUUGGUUUUCUUUACCGAGGUGUGAAAAUGGCUUGGUGGGUCUAACUCUGGAUUUGUGUCUCAUGAUCUCUACCUUCAUGGGUAUUUCAAUGCUUCCAUUAAGUUACCUGUUGAUUAUACUGCUGGAGUAGUUGUUUCCAACGAUCUAGCGUUGAUGCACCUCCAAUCCGCCACCGUUUGUCGUCGCGCACACCCAAGAACGGCGCCGUCGACACUUCAUCUAUGUGUCAGGCAUAUCUAAAGAAUUCUUGCUAUUUGGUAUUGGAAUAGGUUUAAUGGGUCCAAGAUGGAAAGGAAAGGGGUCAGAAGCCAAAGCUCUUGCCGACCCCAUGUCGAAAAUAGUGUUACAACUUCAAUCUUCUCUAAUCAAAUCAGAGGCUCAAGGAUUACUUUGUGGCUGCAAUGUUUUUCUCGGUGCAGAAGCACAAGAAGCCGAUCUCCUUAAUUGCUCUUGCUUUGGUGUACCCAUUACUACAGCUGAAAAAGAAAAGCAAUGGUUUCAGCUGGGCAUGGAAGAGGCCUUUUACCUUCACUAUUCUCUCAAGUGCCUCAUGAUAGUUGAUGAAAACAAACGCUUGAUGAAUGGUGAAGAGCUAUGGCUUUACAUGAAAUCCAAGAAAGAGACUUUCCCUGAUUUUUACAAAGCUUAUUCUCAUCUUCGAAUGAAGAAUUGGGUUGUGAUGUCUGGGGUUAGGUACGGUGUGGACUUUGUCGCCUAUCGUCACCAUCCAGCUCUGAUUCAUUCUGAGUUUGCUGUGCUUGUUUUAUCACCAAAAGAAGAAAAAGGUUGCGGGGAUGGAAACUCAAGGUUGAGGACGUGGUCUGAUAUUCAUUGCACCACUCGGCUUUGUAGUGGUGUUGUCAAGACAUUGUUAGUCCUUAAUGUCAGUAGAAAUGGUGCUGAUGCUAUCUCUUCGUCAUGCGUGGAAAAAUUCACUGUUUAUGAGUACACAAUCACAAGAUGGCUUCCAGAAAGAUGCCGUGAAGUUCACAUGGUAGUUAAAAAUGAAACUAGCAGCUGUACAGUAGCUGAAGAUGAAACCAAUAUUCAGGUCCCUUCUAAAGUUUUAGAGACACCACAUGUUGAGGAAGCAUGAAGUUAGGCAGUUAUGCAAUAUGCCCAUCAUAUUUAACACAAAUGUAAGUUUGUGAACAUAAUUUACACUUUCAGGAAUAUUCGUUUCUGUUUUAGUAAACUGUAAUUGACUGAUUUAUUCUCGAUAAAUGACCUGUCCUGCUCUCAAAUUAAACCAAAAUUCAGAUUCUCUCA